GGAAGAGAACAGAAGAAUAAGCUGCGAAACAACAACAAACACAACACAGCGACAACAGCGUCACCGCUGCUGGCGCACUCUGGAUGAGUGUGUGCCCCCCAAUCGGAAUCGGAAUUGGAAUCGGAAUCUUUCUGUCAGUAUUCAAAAGUCGGGCAAGCAAGUUGGGGCGCAGCUGCACAAGCGACGACGGCCAGAAAAGCGAAAAGCAAACGUACAAAACAUACAAAAACAAACACAAUAGCUGCCCCGUACCAACAAAAGAGAUACACUGAGAGAGAGAGAGAGAAGGAAAUACUUUUUGAUAUAAACAAACGAAGACCAAAGCCAAAAUGCCCGUCUUUCACACAAAAACCAUCGAAAGCAUAUUGGAUCCUGUCGCCCAGCAGGUAUCCCGCUUGGUCAUACUGCAUGAGGAGGCCGAGGAUGGCAAUGCCAUGCCCGAUCUCAGUCGUCCGGUGCAGGUGGUGUCGGCGGCCGUGGCCAAUCUGGUAAAGGUUGGACGGGAGACCAUCAACAGCUCGGACGAUAAGAUAUUGCGGCAGGACAUGCCCUCGGCAUUGCAUCGCGUGGAGGGUGCCUCGCAGCUGCUGGAAGAGGCCUCGGACAUGUUGCGGGCCGAUCCCUACUCGGGGCCGGCGCGCAAGAAGCUGAUUGAGGGAAGCCGCGGCAUUCUGCAGGGCACCUCCUCGCUGCUGCUAUGCUUCGACGAGAGCGAGGUGCGCAAGAUCAUUCAGGAGUGCAAGCGGGUGCUGGACUAUCUGGCAGUGACCGAGGUGGUCAACACAAUGGAGAACUUGGUGCAGUUCCUCAAGGAUCUGUCGCCCUGCCUCAGCAAGGUGUCGCGCGAGGUGGGCGGCCGCGAGAAGGAGCUCACCCAUCAAGUGCACAGCGAGAUUCUGGUGCGCUGCCUCGAGCAGGUCAAGACCCUGGCCCCCAUUCUCAUCUGCAGCAUGAAGGUCUACAUCCACAUUGUCGAGCAGCAGGGCAAGGGCGCCGAGGAGGCGGCCGAGAAUCGCAACUACCUGGCCGGUCGCAUGAGCGACGAGCUGCAGGAGAUCAUUCGCGUGCUGCAGCUGACCACCUACGACGAGGACACCAGCGAGCUGGACAAUCUCACCGUCCUCAAGAAGCUCUCCAAUGCCAUCAGCAACAAGAUGGAGCUGGCCAACGAGUGGCUCUCCAAUCCCUAUGCCCUGCGCGGCGGAGUCGGCGAGAAGGCGCUCCGCCAGGUGAUCGACAAUGCCAAUGAGAUCUCCGAACGCUGCCUGCCCCAGGACUCGUAUCCCAUUCGCAAGCUGGCCGACGAGAUUACAGCCAUGGCGAACGGUCUCUGUGAGCUGCGGCAGGAGGGCAAGGGCAGCUCCCCGCAGGCCGAGUCGCUGGCACGCGGCAUCCGCGAACGUCUCGGCGAGCUGCAGGGCCUCGUCCAUCAGGCCGUGCGUGGUGUGGACAAGGCUGGCGUGCAGCAGACAGCGCACACCAUCCAGGGACGCUUGGAGCAGGCUGUGAAGUGGCUGCAGCAUCCGGAGAUCAAUGACGGCGGCCUCGGGGAGCGGGCCAUCAAUCUCAUUGUGGAGGAGGGCCGCAAGGUGGCCGAGGGCUGCCCUGGCCACCAGAAGGCCGAGAUCAUGCAGCUCUGCGACGAAGUGGAGCGCCUCAAGCGCCAGGCAGCCGGCUCCGGUCCAGCCGCCAAGCAGGCGGCCAAGCAGCUCACCCAAAAGCUCUACGAACUGAAGGCGGCCAUCCAGAAUGCGCUCGUCAAUCGCAUCGUGCAGGACUUCAUGGACGUCAGCACACCGCUGAAGCAGUUCACGGAGGCGGUCAUGCUGCCGGAGGGCACGCCGGGCCGUGAGCAAAACUUUAACCAGAAAUCGAACAACCUGCAGGCGUUCAGUGAUCGCGCCUCGAAGACCUCACGCAUGGUGGCAGCGGGUGGUGCGUGCGGCAACAAGAAGAUCGCCGAGAUUCUGCUCUCGUCUGCCGCCCAGGUGGACUCGCUGACGCCGCAACUGAUCAGCGCCGGUCGCAUACGAAUGAACUAUCCGGCCAGCAAGGCGGCCGACGAGCAUCUGCAGAAUCUCAAGCAGCAGUAUGCGGACACGGUGCUGCGCAUGCGCACGCUCUGCGACCAGGCCACGGACCCAGCGGACUUCAUUAAGACCUCCGAGGAGCACAUGCAGGUGUACGCGAAGCUCUGCGAGGAUGCCAUUCAUGCCCGCCAGCCCCAGAAGAUGGUGGACAACACCUCGAACAUUGCGCGGCUCAUCAAUCGCGUGCUGCUGGUGGCCAAGCAGGAGGCGGAUAACUCCGAGGAUCCCGUCUUCACGGAGCGACUCAAUGCCGCCGCCAACAGGCUGGAGCGCUCGCUGCCCGCGAUGGUGGGCGAUGCCAAGCUGGUGGCCACCAACAUAGCCGAUCCGGCAGCAGCCGCUGCCUGGAAGAACUCCUUCCAGCGGCUGCUUGGGGAUGUGCGCGAGGUGCGCGAUGCCAUUGCGCCGCCACAGCCGCCACCGUUGCCCACAUCCCUGCCGCCACCCAUUCCGGAACUGAGUGCUCUGCAUCUGUCCAAUCAGAGUGCUGAACGUGCGCCGCCUCGUCCACCACUGCCCAGGGAAGGACUCGCACCAGUGCGGCCGCCGCCGCCAGAGACGGAUGACGAGGAUGAGGGCGUCUUCCGCACCAUGCCGCACGCCAAUCAGCCCAUUCUGAUUGCCGCCAGGGGCCUGCACCAGGAGGUGCGUCAGUGGUCGUCCAAGGAUAACGAAAUCAUUGCAGCGGCCAAGCGCAUGGCCAUCCUGAUGGCACGUCUCAGCGAGCUGGUGCUCUCGGAUUCGCGGGGCAGCAAGCGUGAGCUGAUAGCCACGGCCAAGAAGAUCGCCGAAGCCUCCGAGGAUGUGACGCGGCUGGCCAAGGAGCUGGCGCGCCAGUGCACGGACCGACGCAUACGCACCAAUCUGCUGCAGGUGUGCGAGCGCAUCCCGACCAUUGGCACGCAGCUGAAGAUUCUCUCCACGGUGAAGGCAACCAUGCUGGGAGCCCAGGGCUCCGACGAAGAUCGCGAGGCCACCGAAAUGUUGGUGGGCAAUGCCCAAAAUCUGAUGCAAAGUGUUAAGGAAACGGUGCGUGCCGCUGAGGGUGCCAGCAUCAAGAUUCGAUCGGAUCAGACCAGCAAUCGGCUGCAAUGGGUGCGUCGCCAGCCCUGGUAUCAGUACUAGGCGACAGCUGUUCGGGUGCCGUUAGGUUCGGGUCUGCAGAGGAGCCGCACGAGCACGUGCCUUGUGUAACAUACGAAAACUAAAAACUAAACUUAAAGAUUUAUACUUCGAUAUAUUAAAUGUUAAUACCCCUCUCCCCCUCCCCCUAAUAUGUUUUCCCCCCUUCACCAAGCAACUAUUUAUUAUGCGCUCGACUUCUGACUCCUGCCACCCCGCCGCUACCCCGCUGACCGCUCCUAUUCUAAUUUCUUUUCAAUAAUUGUAAAAUUAAUUAUUAAGCGUGCAAUAAAUCAAACAAGCAAA